UGGCUGCGGGGAGGAGGGCCGAGCCCUCGUCCGGGGCCGAUGCCUGGAGGAUGCACAGGGAGGGCCCUGCAGCACCACCGUCUCUCCGUCCAGGAGCGGCUGCUCAUGAGCCUCCUGCCCCGGAACGUUGCCAUGGAGAUGAAGGAGGACUUCCUGAAGCCCCCGGAGAGGAUUUUCCACAAGAUUUACAUCCAGCGGCAUGACAACGUGAGCAUCCUCUUCGCCGACAUCGUGGGCUUCACGGGGCUGGCGUCGCAGUGCACGGCCCAGGAGCUGGUCAAGCUGCUCAACGAGCUCUUUGGCAAGUUCGACGAGCUGGCCACGGAGAACCACUGCCGGCGCAUCAAGAUCCUGGGGGACUGUUACUACUGCGUGUCCGGCCUCACCCAGCCCAAGGCCGACCACGCCCACUGCUGCGUGGAGAUGGGCCUGGACAUGAUCGACACCAUCACGAUCUUCCCGGGGCUGAUCCUGUCGGACAUCAAGCCGGCGAAGAGGAUGAAGUUCAAGACGGUGUGCUACCUGCUGGUGCAGCUCAUGCAAUGCCGCAAGAUGUUCAAGGCCGAGAUCCCCUUCUCCAACGUCAUGACCUGCGAGGACGACGACAAGGUGGGCCCCCCCCGCGUUGCCUCGGAAAAGGGCAGGAACCGGCUGUCGUUCUCGACCAACGUCGUCCACGCCGCGCCUGGCACCCGCGUCAACAGGUACAUCGGCCGCCUCCUGGAGGCCCGGCAGACGGAGCUGGAGAUGGCGGACCUGCACCUGCUCACCCUCAAGUACAAGCAGGCGGAGCNNNGUCCGCAGUACCAGCAGCUCCCGGACGAGUCCUUCACCAGCGCCGUGGUGCUCGCCCUGGUCCUGGCCGCCCUGUUCGGCCUCGUCUACCUUCUCAUCAUCCCCCAGAGCGUGGCUGUCCUGCUCCUGCUGGUGUUUUGCAUCUGCUUCCUGGUGGCCUGUGUCCUGUACCUGCAUAUCACCCGGGUCCAGUGCCUCCCGGGCUGCCUGACCAUCCGGAUCCGCACCGCCCUGUGCACCUUCAUCGUCGUCCUGAUCUACGCGGUGGCCCAAGGCUGUGUGUGCCAGGAAGCACAGGAGUUGACCACCGUCUGGGGUCCCCCACCCGUGAGGCCCUCGCUGGACCUGACGCCGGGACGACUGAGCCAUGGCCGUGGCAGCGCCCACAGCCUGGAGACGCCGGGCCGACGCUGCCGCCCGCAGGCGGAGGAGGAGCGGGACGACAUGGAGCGGGUGAAGCUGGACAACAGGAGGAUCCUCUUCAACCUGCUGCCGGCGCACGUGGCACAGCACUUCCUGCUCUCCAACCCCCGCAACAUGGACCUGUACUACCAGUCGUACGCCCAGGUGGGCGUCAUGUUCGCGUCCAUCCCCAACUUCAACGACUUCUACAUCGAGCUGGACGGCAACAACAUGGGGGUGGAGUGCCUGCGGCUGCUCAACGAGAUCAUUGCCGACUUCGACGAGGGUUGGUAUCAGCACCCGGCAGACCCCCGGGCUGACCUCCGCGCCUCCAUCUCCGGCCCCUACCUGCGCGCCAUUCCCGGGCCCCGGAACGGCCCGCGCGGAGGGCUGCCUGGUGGGUGUGGGUCCCGAUCCCACUGGGGCUACAGUCUGGUCCCGCCCCCGGCAGCUGGCCUGUGGGUGCCCCUGCCCCUCCGCCCUCAUUUCCCCCAAUGUGACACCCGUGUCCGCCACGUGCAGGCUAAGAGGUGCGUCUCCGCCCACCUGGGCACGCUGGCCGACUUCGCCCUCGAGAUGUUCCACGUCCUGGACGAGAUCAACUACCAGUCCUACAACGACUUCGUGCUCCGCGUGGGUAGGUGGCCUCGGCCCUGCACCCGCCCCAGUGCUGGGGCGCGCCGCCCGCAGUACGACAUCUGGGGGAACACGGUCAACGUGGCCAGUCGGAUGGACAGCACGGGCGUCCCGGGAAGGAUCCAGGUGACGGAGGAGGUGCAGCGGCUGCUGCGACCGGGCGGCUACCACUUCCUGUGCCGGGGCAAGGUCAGCGUCAAGGGCAAGGGCGAGAUGCUCACCUACUUCCUGGAAGGCAGGACCGACGGAAACUCGCAAACCAGGCCCCUGAACUCGGAGCGGAAACUGUGUCCCUACAGGAGAGCCGGCCACCAGACCAGCCUGGCCACAGGCCGUCCCCUGGCCUCCCUGGCCGGCCUCCCCGCUGCGCUCGCUGUGAAGACCCGUGAAGACCCGCGACGCCCAGAACCGUGA